AUGGUCCUCCUCGUCUCAACCACUCAUAUCAUCUCCGCACUCGAGGCCGUUCCCCCCUCUUCUCGCAAGGAACUGGACCUCCCCGACCCUCUGAGUAUCAACUCGCCAAUCUCGCACGAGCAAGUGAUCCGUCUAUCGCGCUACUUCCGCAAUGGAGCGAACAGCACCAGUCCCGACCCAAACCCAGACAGAAGCCUCAACUCGCUCCUCCGCGGCACAAAAGUCUACGUCCCUCCUCCGCCUAAGAAACCUGAACCUAGUCCCGAGUACCUCGCCCUAAAAGCCCGGCUCCUCGCCGCCGCCGAAGCUGACGCCUACAACCGCAUGACAGCCACAACAUUCGCAUCCUCCGCACCAGGGCACAGCGGGCCCUCGCCGAUCUUCUCCUCCUCCACGCCGACUCUCUCCGCCCUUCACGACUCUAAAGCACCCGCCGGAGAUACGGAGACGACAGACCCGCUCACCCCUUCGCUGGUACUGAACAUUUUCCUCUCGGUGCUCAUCACCGGGUUCAGCGUGUACUGGGCGCUGACGAGCUUCCAUACCCCUGAUAUCUUGGUGAGCUCUGUAUCCUCAUUGUGGCGGGGGCAGCCACCCAGCAAACCGAGUGCGAAUAGGGUGAGCGGGGGCGCGUCGGAGCCGGUGCGGUUUCUGGUGUCCUUGUUUGCGGCGCUGAUGGUGGGUGUGGCGGAAGUGUUGAUCUAUGCGAUUUAUCUUCAAAAGGUUGACCAGGCGCGGGCGCGCGAGAGGCGCAUCAAGGAGCGGAAGGAAGUGGUGGAGAGUGAUGUUGUUGGGGGUCGAGCCGGCAAGACGGAUAAGGAGCGCAUCCAAAAAAUUGAUGGAGAGCAGGAAACGAUAUGGGGAAGGGGUGCGAAUGGAGGCGUGCGGCGGAGGGUGAGAGAGAAAUGGGAGGAGAAGGAGAGCCAGAGGAGCCUUGAUAAUGUGGGAUGA